CAGUGGUUUAGGGUUUCCUUCAAGUUCACGUCUCCUCCUCGCCCUGCUGCAGGAUGAAAAAAACCACUAGCGACCAGAUCAUUCAGAAUACGACUCUGCAAACCCUUUACCAUGCUUAAUUUAUUUACAUUUCUGGUGGUGAAGCUAACCAUUCUGUCCAAUUUGAACUUUUUCGAAUCAAAAUGGUCGGAUAUCGAGCAACAAGGGCGCGCAAAACCAAGCCACUCGCAGCGCUUUAAACGAGGAGACCUUCUCGAGGUUCCCAGAACUUUGUUUACGCACUUCGGAAUCUAUUUAGGCGAUGACAGGGUCGCCCAUCUCAUCCCUGACAUCCUCCCCGUCCUGACAGAUGACGCAAGGCUGAUCGACACCGUCAUAACAAACCAGAGGCUUAUUAUGGGUUGCAUGUUUAGAUGCGCAACGGUACGCGUGGACUCGUUACAGGACUUUGCAUAUGGCUCUGAGAUAUUGGUUAACGCAAUGGAUUCAAGGAUGAGCGCCCGAGCACUUCUCAAUGAAGAAGUGGCCAAGAGGGCUGAGCAACUCAUCGGUGCCAUCCCAUACAGUUUGCUGUGGAAUAACUGUGAACACGUUGCAACAUACUGCAGAUAUGGAUCUGCAGUAAGCCUGCAGACAGACAAGUUCUGCGAGUGGUUAAAAUCUGUCAUCAGAGACCGGAGGAGCAUCAUUGUCGCAGUUCUUAUUGGAAUAACCUCCAUUGUCUGCUACGGCUUGUUACCUUCAACUACAUUACCAACCGUUAUAAUCCCCUUUACUCUAUGGAUGGCUAGCUAAAUAAUCCUAGUCAACAAUAAGAGUGAACAUUAUGCAAAGACAAUUCAAUCGAAAUUUACAAAAUUGUACUUCCUAUUCAUCUCCUGACACCUUGUGAAAUUUAUAUUUUUCUGAUUGUCCAAUAACAUUUCCUUGUCCUUCAGCAAUUUUAGAAAAUAGCCGAAAUUCACCUAAUGGAUAAAGUUGACUAUCAUCGAAUGUGGAUUCAUUCUACUCUUAAUUGAAGGAAGUUUUACAUACUUUUUUUUCCCCAUUUUUGUAAGAUGCUUGAAAUGAUUAUAUUGGCCUACCAUUAUCUGCUGCAGUCUGGGAAAAUUGGACCUUGAUGAAUGAUUGAAUAGUAAACACAUACUGUUGGGUAUUUGAAAAUGAUAAUUGUUUGCCUACAAGCCAAUGCUGUACAGUUGUUAAUAAUAAAUCAUAUAUUUUUA